AUGGCCGUGAAACAGGAGACCCUCCCUUUAACAAUCCCAUUAGCAACAAAUCCAGAAGUGACAACGACAUCAUCAAAAUUUGCCUAUCAGAAUCUCGAUGAUUUGAACGAUCCCAGAAAGGCGUAUUUACUGCCCCUUGCUGUCAUUGCGCUAAUUGAUUUGAAUGCAUUUUUUGCACAAGUUGAACAAAUACGGUUAAAUUUAACCGAUCAGGACCCAGUUGUGUGUGCCCAAUGGAACUCUGUUAUUGCUGUCAGUUACGCGUGCCGAAAAUUUGGCAUCACCAGAAUGGAUUCAAUUGCGUCUUGCAAAUCGAAAUGUCCCAAUGUAAUCAUUGCUCAUGCUGCAGUUUAUAAAAAGGGAGAGUCACACUGGGCGUAUAUCGAGGGAUUGCCUACUAUCAACAAUCACAAAGUGUCAUUGGAUCCCUACCGACGAGAAAGCAGAAAGAUUUUACGUAUCAUUAGUAAAUCAUUUGACUUGACAGAAAAGGCAAGUGUCGAUGAAUGCUACAUUGAUCUUGGCAGAGAAAUUUAUAAAAGAUUGAUAGAUUUGUUCCCACAAUUAUCAAGGAGUUCUCGUGAUAAUCCUGAAAACGGCUAUGCUAAUUUGCCCUUAAUACCGUCAAUUUUACCCUUGGAUUUGAAAUGGGAGGGGGAAAUAAUUAACUCAGAAAAGGAAAAAACUAUGGACAAUGGAAACCUGUCGCCGCCACCACCUGUAAUAGAAGAUUGGGAUGAUAUUUGUUUUAUUAUAGGUUCACAGAUAUUAUUGGAAGUGCGUAAAGAUAUCUUUGCGGAACUAGGAUAUACCACAUCUGCAGGGUUAGCAAGAACGAAACAGGUGGCUAAGUUAGCGGCAGGAUUUAAGAAACCUGAUGCUCAAACAAUAAUUAGGAAUUCUGCCAUUAAUAGUUUUUUAACCAAUUUUGAAUUGACAGAUGUUACCGGUAUGGGUGGGAAAUUAGGGGAAUCGAUCAUUAAUAAAAUAAACGUGCCACCACAAAUAAAUUCAAUCAGUUUUAUUCGAGAGAAUUUCAGUAUUGACUCAAUUAAAGAAAAAUUGGGAGGGGAACUUGGGUUGAAGGUUUAUAAUAUUUGCCGAGGCACAAAUGCUAUUGAACUACAAUCAUUGAUCGAAGUUAAAUCAAUGACAUCAACUAAAAAUUUCACUAGCUUUCUGGUAAAUAAUCUAUUUGACGCUUACGAUUGGUUAAAAGUAUUUGCCGGAGAUCUACAUAAUCGACUAAUUGACUUGGACAAUGAAAAUAUCGAAUUAUCGUCAACAGAAUUGUCCAACAAGUCCAAGGGAAUAAUGAAAAGACCAAAGACUCUAACCUUGGGUGUGCUCUCACAGAACGGAACCAGGCAAACCAGGCAAAUGCAAAUACCUAUUCACAAAGAUCUUGACAAAAUGAAAGAUAUUUUCUUUGAAAACGGCUGUGUCUUAUUAAGAGAGUUUUUGGAAUUCAACACACACGUUAGUUUAUUGAAUAGCCGUACUCCUGUAAAGGAGCUUUUCAUAUGGAACCCAAAGAAAGUCAAAAUUGUGGAAUUAAUAAACAUUUCUUUGACCAUUUCAAAAUUUGUUCUGGUGGAAGACAGAUUUUCUCUUUUGAAAACCACAGAUACUCAAUUCAAUAAAGAGGAACACAUUGCCAAACUAUUUCGCGACUAUGAACAAGCACCGGAAACAAUGAGAUAUUCACCACCACCGCCGCCACCACCUCCACCGCAAAAAAAAAGGAGCAAGAACGGUCAGUUGGAUAUUUUUGAGUCUCUAAAGAAGAAAUCAAAGCCUGAUGACCUUCUAGAAGAACUCAUAAAGACAAAAAAGUGUCUGAGAUGCAAACUUAGUGUGGAUGAUCCUAUAGAGCAUAACGAUUACCAUAUAGCAAUGGAUUUAUCAAACAAACUAAAUAAUCAUUAA